AUGGCGCCCGCACGCCAACCGCCCCAGCCGUUCUCAAAGGACGAGAAAGUCCUUUGCUUCCACGGUGAGAUGCUGUAUGAGGCGAAGAUUCUGGACAUCCAGCCGGCCGAUAGUGGCGAGGGAUUUCAGUACCGCAUUCAUUACAAGGGCUGGAAGAACACCUGGGACGACUGGGUCUCUAUCGACCGCAUCCGCAAGUUCACUGAAGAGAACAAGGAGCUGGCCAGCCAGCUGCACGCCCAGAUGAAAGACCUUCGCCAGAAGAGCAGCGCCAAAGCCCCCAAAAAAGGCCUCCGCGCCAACGGAACAGACUCGGCUCGUGGUAGUGAAGAGCGAACUGCAGGAGUUGCCGCCAGCGGCCGUGGCCCUCGACGAGCAAGAGACUUUGAUCUUGAACAGGUAAGCAUUGAAACAAACCUCUGUUUUUAUGUCGUUUUCAUGCUCUCGUUUCUUGAGUUCUGCUUUCUCCCCUUUUGUCAUUGUUAG